GAGGAUAUUUUUUCGGGCUGGAGCUCAUUUCGUGCAAGGAUGGGAGUGCAACAGAAUGACCUCGCGACAAAAGCAACGGAAAAUGGACGUAACGGCUGGAAUUUGCAAGACCAAAUUAUCAUCUCCGGUUUCUCGGGUCGGUUCCCAGAGUCUAGCACCAUCGAGGAAUUUAAAAAGCAGCUUCUUAAAGGAGUUGACCUAGUCACAGAUGAUGGAAGACGAUGGCCCGCAGGAAUGUACGGCCUACCAAAAAGAUCAGGUAAACUUCCAAACCUGGAAUUCUUUGAUGCCUCUUUCUUCGGUGUUCACGCAAAACAAGCAAAUUCAAUGGACCCACAAGCGAGAAUUUUAUUGGAACUAACUUACGAGGCCAUCAUUGAUGCAGGUAUCAAUCCUCAGGACCUUCGCGGAUCUAAAACAGGAGUGUUUAUUGGGGUUUGUGCCAGCGAGUCUCACGAGUUUUGGACAAGAACUCUUGCAAAUGUUAAUGGAUAUGGUGUGACUGGUAACGCCAGAACAAUGCUCGCAAAUAGAAUUUCGUUUUCGUUUGAUUUUAAAGGCCCCAGUUAUACCGUCGAUACAGCUUGUUCUAGCAGUUUGUUUGCUCUCGAGCAUGCUUUAAGUUCAAUACGCACUGGGCAGUGUGAUGCAGCCGUAGUUGGAGGAGUAAAUUUAUUAUUGAACCCGGAACGUUCGUUGCAGUUCCAAUACCUGAAUAUGUUAUCACCUGGAGGAAAAUGCAAUUCUUUCGACGAAUCUGGCAAUGGUUACGUCCGUAGCGAAGCCGCAGUUGUCAUUUUCUUGCAGCGUGCCAGUGGUGCGAAGCGUAUCUAUGCCACUGUGGUCCAUGCGAAAACUAACACAGAUGGUUAUAAGGAGGAAGGUAUCACGUUCCCAUCUGGUGCUUUACAAAAGACUUUAAUCGAAAGCACAUACGCUGAAGCUGGCAUCGAUCCGAGCAAGGUUGCUUUUGUCGAAGCUCAUGGGACUGGAACAAAGGCUGGCGAUCCUGCGGAAAUGAACGCCAUUGCAGACGUUUUCACGAAAGGACGCAGCAAGCCUUUGCUGAUAGGAUCCGUGAAAUCGAACAUGGGCCACUCUGAAGCGGCCUCCGGUCUUUGCGGAAUUGCCAAAGUCCUCAUCGCCAUGGAAACGGGCGUCAUCCCUGGGAACUUGCAUUUCAAAAAACCGAACCCUGAUAUCCCGGGACUCUCGGACGGAAGGUUGCAGGUCGUCAACAAGCCCAAACCGUGGGACGGGGGUCUCGUCGCCGUGAGCUCAUUCGGGUUCGGCGGCGCCAACGCCCACGCCAUCCUCCGGUCGCACGACACCCUGAAAUCCGGCAUCCGCGACAAAGUCCCCCGAGUGGUCGGCGUGUCCGGCCGGACGAUGGAAGCCGUCCACUUCAAGCUGAAGGAGAUCGAGGAGACGCCCAGGGACGACGAGUUCGUGGGUCUCAUCCACGGGGUCUACGAGGAGGCCAUCGCCGGCCAUGGGUUCCGCGGCUACACCGUCCUGGAACCGACCCCCACCAAGAAGGAAGUCGCCCCCUUCGACGGCCGGAAACGACCGGUCUGGUACGUCUUCUCCGGGAUGGGGAGCCAGUGGUCCGGGAUGCUCGGGUCUCUGAUGGAGCUCGAGAUUUUCAAGCGGACGAUCUCGCAGUUGGCCGAGAUCCUCGGACGUGAGGAUUUUGAUCUUAUGGCAGUCCUCGACUCGGAGAGUGAUGAUACGUUCGACGACGUUUUGAAUUCCUUCGUCUCGAUCACAGCCGUGCAAAUCGCCUUGGUCGACGUCCUGACUUCGGUUGGGAUUUCCCCGGACGGGAUGAUCGGGCACUCUAUCGGGGAGCUGGGGUGCGCGUACGUGGACGGGACCCUCACUGCCGAGCAGACCAUUCUUGCUGCGUUCUGGAGAGGGCGCGCCAUUGCUGAGUCUGAUGUUCCGCGCGGGAGUAUGGCCGCUGUUGGUCUCUCAUGGGAGGAUGCCUCAGAAUGCGUUCCACUUGACAUUUUUCCAAGUUGUGAGAACUCUCCUAACAGUGUUACUGUGUCCGGCCCACCAGCAUCCAUUUCUAAUUUUAUAAAUGAUUUGAGAUCCAGAGGUGUUUUUGCAAAAGAAGUGCUGAGCUCAGGCAUGGCUUUUCAUUCAAAAUACAUCACAGCCGCUGGUCCAUACCUGCAGAAGAGUUUGGAAAAGAUCAUUUCCAAACCAAAGCAAAGGACCUCUCGCUGGGUCAGUACAUCUGUCCCGAAAAAUGAGUGGAACACACCACUGGCUCAAACAUCGUCCGCUGCUUAUCACGUCAACAACUUGCUCAAUCCUGUCCUUUUCAAGGAGGCAGUCACACAAAUCCCAAAUGAUGCAAUUGUCAUUGAGAUAUCCCCACACUGUUUGCUCCAACCGAUUCUGAACAGAAAUCUUGGUCCCAAUAAUACCAUUGUCGGCCUUCUACGGAAAGGGACAGAAAACACUACAUCAACUAUUCUAGCAAGUUUAGGAAGAUUGUAUAAUGCGGGUAUCGAUGUCAACUUCGCCAAUUUGUUCUCUCCUGUUAAAUUCCCAGUUUCUCGUGGCACUCCAAUGCUUCAGUCGCUCGUAAAAUGGGAUCACUCCACCGAGUGGGCAGUUCCGUCCUUCAGUGACAAGGACUCAAUGCGCGGAGAGCUGGUGAUCGACAUUGAUCUGAAAGAGGAAAAAUAUUCGUACCUGGUUGGACACACGAUUGAUGGCCGUAUACUUUUUCCCGGCACUGGCUACAUUGUCUUAUUGUGGGACACAAUGGCUAAAAUCAACGGAAAAUCAAAAGAAGAGCAGCCUAUAAUUUUAGAGGAUAUAAAAUUUCACCGUGCGACCAUCAUGCCUAAAGAGGGCAUCGUAAAAUUUUCUAUCAACAUUUUCAAAAAUUCCGGUAACUUUGAAUUGGCUGAGGGAGGAAGUGUUGCUUUCUCCGGGAAAAUUAGCAUCCCAGAAAAUAUUGAGGACGAGCAGCUUACCCUGACGGAGCCUAAUCUUGAUGACGAGACGGAUGCACUUCUUGAUAUAAAUGACUUCUACAGGUACGCUCGUCUUCGUGGAUACGACUAUGGAGGAGUAUUUCGGGGAGUCACAGAGGCUGAUACAACAGGCGUCAAAGGAAAACUUUCUUGGACGGGAAAUUGGGUCAGCUACUUGGACACCAUGAUUCAAUUCUAUGUGUUUGGAAUUCAGUCGUCCAAACUGAACGUGCCAUCGAGAAUUCAGCGCAUAUCCAUUAACCCUCGGAAACACUCCCAGUAUUUAAGUACUACCCGUGAGAAGAUUAAAACAAUCCCUGUCUUCAACUAUGCUGAUAUAGGGGUUGUCAAGUCAUGCGGCACCGAAAUAAGAGGUCUCAAGGUCACUCUAGCACCGAGGAAACAAGAACUCAAUUUAGCAAAAAAGGAAAAAUAUGUGUUUGUUCCGUAUGCCACCGAGGAGAUAAACGCUGGGAUGAGUGACUACGAGGCAUUGGCGGCUAUUUUGCAAACAGUGUUAGAAAACAGUUCUUGCCCAGCCAAAAUCGAGGUUCUGGAAAUGGCCGUAGGACGACAACCAGAAGGCCUGUUGGCUCCGCGAGUCAUGAAAAUCCUUGAAGCAGAGCAUCAUAUCGUUGACAUGGACGUUGUAGCAAGUCAAGCUCAAAUUUUUGACCGACUUUUAAAACCUUUGGGUAUUAAAACCAUAGAGGCUAACUCCAGACAAAACGGACUCGGUCAAAAUUACCACCUGAUAGUUGCAACUAACUAUCUCAAGAAUCCACAGGCCGUAGCAAACUUAUUGGCAAGCGUUCGGCAAGGAGGUUUCAUUUUACUGGAAGAAUACAAUCAAGUCAAUGAGAUUUCGGUCAAAAAAACUGGUUUAGAAAUAAUCUCUAUGAUUAGGACACGCAAAACAACUUAUAUCCUUCUCAGAGCCCCGGCGGAAAUCAAUUUACCAAUCAUAGUUCGCAUAACGGAGGAGAACUUUUCGUGGGUGAAUGAUUUAAAAACCGCCAUAGCACAGGCGGAAAAAGAGAAAAAUGAAGUACUUCUGCUCGUUCAAAGCGAGCCGCUAAACGGUGUCAUUGGAAUGGCGAACUGUAUUAAGGAGGAAUACGGCGAUGUGAAAGUUCGUUCCGUGUUCGUUCAAAAUGCUGAUGAACCAAAAUUGUCAUUAUCCUCGGAUUUGUACCGUAAUCAACUGAAAAAAGGACUGAUUCACAAUGUCUUUAAAAAUAAACAAUGGGGAUGUUACCGUCACCUGGUGCUUGAUACUGAAUCCAAUUCGACAACUGUGAACGUGGAGCAUGCUUACAUUCAAGCACAUGUCUUGGGUGACCUGUCCACUCUGAAAUGGACCGAGGGUCCAUUAACUCUCUACAGACCAAAUUCGAAUGUGAAUUCUGAGCUUUGCCACGUGUAUUAUGCUCCACUGAACUUCCGUGAUAUCAUGCUGGCCUCAGGGAAGUUACCCCCGGACGCUUUGCCUGGAAAUCUGGCCGAGGAAGAAUGUAUUCUGGGUCUGGAGUUCGCGGGUCGAGACUCGAAAGGACGUCGCGUUAUGGGUAUGGUCCCUGCACAAGGCUUGGCCACUACGGUGGUCGUUGACCCGACUUUCCUAUGGGAGGUUCCAGAAAAAUGGAGCCUUGAAGAGGCUUCGACAAUACCCGUCAUCUACUCCACCGUUUACUAUGCAAUUGUUGUCAGAGGGCGUUUGAAACCUGGUGAAUCAAUACUCAUUCAUGCAGGUGCUGGUGGUAUCGGUCAAGCUGCCAUUUCUGUCGCGUUGCAUAUGGGGUGCACGGUAUUUACGACCGUGGGUUCGGUGAAAAAACGGGAGUACUUGAAGAGAACGUUUCCUUCGUUGACUGAUAAAAGUUUCGCAAACUCUCGAAACUCAAGUUUUGAACAGCAUAUCAGGGCUGAGACGAAAGGUCGCGGGGUGGACCUUGUUCUAAAUUCACUCGCUGGAGAAAUGUUACUUGCUUCCGUGCGUUGUCUAGCCAAAGAUGGAAGAUUCUGCGAAAUCGGAAAACUUGAUCUCUCCAAUAACACACCUUUAGGCAUGUCAAUUUUUUUGAAAAACAUAACUUUCCAUGGAAUUCUUCUGGACUCCUUGUUUGAUGUCAAUAGUAACAACGAGGAGAAACACGAGGUUGUCAGGUUGGUGAGCGAUGGACUCAUGAAUGGAGCCAUCCGACCUCUUCCAGUCACUCUUUUCAACAAAAACGAAGUCGAGCAGGCUUUUCGAUUUAUUGCGACGGGUGCGCACAUUGGUAAAGUUGUUUUGAAAAUCCGAAGUGAGGAAUCCAGAGAAACACUACCUGCCACGCCGAAAUUCGUCCCCGCUAUUCCGAGAACUUAUAUUAAAGCUGAAAAAUCUUACUUGCUCGUCGGUGGCCUCGGAGGGUUUGGUUUGGAACUAACCAACUGGUUAAUAGAGCGAGGAGCCACUAAAGUUGUCUUGACCUCCCGAAGAGGUAUACGCAAUGGUUAUCAAUCUUUGUGCAUUCGCAAGUGGAAAUCACGGGGUAUACAAGUUCUCCUAUCUACGUUAGAUUGCUCUACUGUUGCUGGUACUGCCCAGCUUCUAGAAGAAACCUCAAAGUUAGGUCCAGUUGGUGGAAUCUUUAACUUGGCUGCAGUUCUGAGUGAUGCUCUCUUACAAAAUCAAACCCCGACCAGCUUUGAAAAAGUUGCUGCACCAAAGAUCAAUGGAACGAAGAACUUAGACAACGUUUCCAGAAAAAUGUGCUCUGAUUUGGACUACUUCGUUGUUUUCUCAUCCUGCAGUUCUGGGCGUGGCAACUCCGGUCAAACCAACUACGGUUACGCUAACUCUGCAAUGGAGAGAAUAUGUGAAGCAAGACAGGAAGUUGGCUUGCCGGGGCUAGCCAUCCAGUGGGGACCUAUUGGUGAUGUGGGUCUGAUAUUCGACUCUCUCGGGAGAGAGAACGACACCGUGAUCGCAGGACUUUUGCCUCAGAGGAUGUCAUCGUGUCUCGCUGUACUAGAUAAUUUCCUCCAACAGCCUUAUCCUGUGUUAGCAUCAUCCGUUGCCGCAGAAAAGAAAGGAGCCACCGCCGAUGACAGCCAAGUUCCUUUGACAAAUGCAGUAGCUAACGCCAUUGGUAUAAAUGAUCCGAAAACGGUCAACAUGAACACAUCUUUAGCUGACAUGGGGCUGGACUCCUUAAUGGAAUCUGAGGUCAAAAACAUCCUUGAAUACAAGUACUCUGUGAUAAUAAGUGCUCAAGAAAUCCGUAGACUCACCUUUGAAAAAUUGCUGGAGCUUCAAGCUAAAAAUUCUUCAUAGCUCGAUGGGAAUGGAUAGAUGCUAUUGAAUCUCAUAGGUGUCAUUAAAUAAUUACGUAACGCACUUGGAUCUAUGAGGUCUACAGUGUUUUAUACGUUCGGUCUUAAAAGGGUCUCAGGAGAGGGUUAAGCCCAGAGUUCCGAACGUAAUACGUCCAAAGAUGAUUUAAAUUAAUAAUUGAUCCAAAAGUAAUUUUUGACGAAUAAAAUAUUUUUGUAAAGAAUUUUGUAAAAUUGAAGGGCGGGCUUCUUCCCUUAACGAUCGAAAAGUUUCUACCAAGCAAUAAGAAUUUUCUUAAGCGGUGGCUGCUUCACGGGUGUCGAGAGGGUAUAAAAAUCAUUAAACGAAUUUUCUUUUUCCCAUGCGCCGUAUACCCAAAAAAAGUUUAGAGGCCACAAGUAAGGAAAAAAAUCUAUCAAACAAUGUUUUAAGAUAGAUACAUAUGAUGGUAAAAAGGUAUUUUCUGCUUCGAAUAAGUACAGUUUUCAUAUCUCAAAAAGAGUUGGGUGUUCCUCUCUUUGAACAACGGAUUGCUUGACUGUAGAAAAGAGCCAGCCAAAGUUCACUUACUAACUAAUUAAUAAAGUAAUUUAUUAAAAGUAA